CGCCUGCGCAGUGGGGAGGGCCGCGCGCCGAGGGGCUGCGGGAGAUCCCCCGGAGCGGGCCGGAGCGUGCGCGCGGCUGCUGGACGCGGAGAGCCGCUCGACCCGGACGGCCGCACCAUGGCGGAGGACGAGCUGGAGGCGCUGCGGAAGCAGAGGCUGGCGGAGCUGCAGGCCAAGCAUGGGGAUCCUAGCGAUGCAGCACAACAGGAAGCAAAGCACAGGGAAGCAGAAAUGAGAAACAGUAUCUUAGCCCAAGUUCUGGAUCAGUCAGCUCGGGCCCGGUUAAGUAACUUAGCACUUGUAAAGCCUGAAAAAACUAAAGCAGUAGAGAAUUACCUUAUACAGAUGGCAAGAUAUGGACAACUAAGUGGGAAGGUAUCAGAACAAGGUUUAAUAGAAAUCCUUGAAAAAGUAAGCCAGCAAACAGAAAAGAAAACAACAGUUAAAUUCAGCAGAAGAAAAGUAAUGGACUCUGAUGAAGAUGACGAUUAUUGAAUUUAAGAUGUUUAGAGACUGGAACUUAAUGGAACCAUUCUAGGAUAGAUAAUAUUUGGGAGAAGUUGAGAUUUGAUUGAAUGUUUACUUUGUUUAUUGUCUAUAUGCCUUUUAAAAAAAUAAAAUUGUUAUGCAAAAUGAAACAAUUUGGGCAAAGUUGUUUUAGUA